GCAAGUGCAACAAGGAAACAGCCAUAUCAUGCUACUGUGAUGUUAAACAACAAAACACAUGUGAUGGAGGUGGAUUCUGGAGCAGCAUGCUCUUUGAUCAGUGAGCACACCUAUGACACCCUGUGGCCAGAUCAACCCCCUCCAAUACACAAAGAUAGCAGUGUGCUUAAGCAGUGGUCACAGGCAGAGCUGCGAGUUAGAGGGAAGAUUUUUGCAAAAGUGCAUUAUCAAGGCCGUGAACUCACAUUGCCCCUGCUCAUUGUGCAAGGACAGGGGACAAGCCUUAUGGGCCGAGACUGGUUUGAUGCUUUAGGCAUAUCCAUGAUGGGUGUACAUCACGUACACAGUCAAUCCAUAGAGUCAAUCCUGACUGAGUACGCAGAAGUGUUUCAAGAGAUGGGGGCCUCACGCACACCCCCAAUCUCCAUUGACAUCGAUCCUGCAGCUUCCCCAAUGUUCUUCAAAGCCCGCUCUGUGCCCUUUGCUCUCCGGGCCAGGUUAGAUGAAGAACUUGAUAAGCUGGUUGCCCAAGGCGUUUUUGAGCCAGUGCGCACUUCCCGGUGGGCCACACCCAUUGUACCAGUUGCGAAAAAGGAUGGCAGUUUGAGGAUUUGUGGCGACUACCGCUGCACGGUUAACAGAGUUGUGAAACCUGAUGUGUACCCCAUUCCUACUGUGGCCGAACUGUUCUCCAGACUGGCAGGCGGGGUGAUUUUCAGUAAAUUGGACCUCAAACAAGCUUACCAGCAGCUCGUGCUGGAUGACGCUGCAGCAGAACUCCUCACCAUCAAUACCCACCGUGGGCUCUUCCGGGCCCGCCGACUGCAGUUUGGAGUGUCAACAGCGGUGUCGAUAUUCCAGCGUUUCAUGGAUACCCUUCUUGCUGGCAUUCCAGGCGUUCAGCCAUAUUUGGAUGACAUCCUCAUUGCAGGAAAAACAAUCGAUGAGCACAAUGUGCGACUCUCUGCUGUACUGCAACGGUUCACAGAGGCAGGGCUGCGGCUACAAAAGGAAAAGAGCAUUUUCACGACAAGUCAGGUUGAGUUCCUGGGGUUUCGGGUGGACAAGGACGGUGUACGGCCAACCAGUGAAAAGGUGGAGGCAAUCCAAAAGGCUCCGUCACCCCGGAACAAAACCGAACUGCAAUCCUUCCUCGGCCUCCUAAACUUUUACAGUUGCUUUCUGCCCAACAAAGCUACAGUGUUGGAACCUCUACAUCGUCUCCUGGACCAGUCCUCUACGUGGCGUUGGACUGAUGAUCAUGAAAAGGCUUACGCUGCUGCAAAGCAACUACUUCAAGCUGAUGGCGUGCUAACCCACUACGAUGAAAGCAAACCCCUCGCCAUUGCAUGCGAUGCCUCUCCUUAUGGUCUGGGGGCGCUUCUAUUCCAUGUUGAGCCAAAUGGACGAGAGGCCCCCAUCUGCUUUGCGUCCAGAACGAUGUCUUCGACGGAGAGGAAUUAUGCGCAAAUUGAUAAAGAGGCGCUGGCUGUCAUUUUUGCAGUCAAGAAAUUUCACCAGUACCUGGCUGGUCGUCAUUUCCAGAUUUUUACUGACCACAAGCCCCUCUUAGGCCUGCUGCACCACUCUAAGCCCAUGCCCUCUAUGCUGUCCCCUCGCAUGCUACGCUGGAGUGUGCUUCUUGGAGCCUAUGAUUACGAGCUGAACUACAGGCCAGGGAAACAGCUAGCGAAUGCUGAUGCUCUGAGUCGCCUCCCCCUGCCCUCUACAGUGUCAGAGACCCCUCCACCCUUGGAGGUGCUUUUGCUGGAAACUGUGCCGGAUGCCCCAUUGCAUGCAAGCAGAAUCGCUGCCCUCACUCUGAAAGAUCCAGUUCUGUCUCGCGUCUUACGCUGGGUCCUUCAUGGCUGGCCUACAGAGGUGCCAGAUGACCGUUUCAAGCCAUUCCUGAACCGCCGGCAUGAGCUUUCAGCGCAUAAGGACUGUCUCUUAUGGGGAAGUCGGGUGGUUGUUCCUGAUCUGGCGAGGGAGGGAGUGAUAGCCAUGUUACAUGAUGCGCACCCAGGCAUUGUGCACAUGAAAGAGCUGGGGAGGAGUUACGUAUGGUGGCCAGGUAUGGAUGCCGCCAUUGAGAAAAAUGUCAAAGACUGUACAGUCUGCCAAGAGUCCCGCCAUGCUCCGCCCACUGCGCAACUGCAUCCAUGGGAGUGGACAACAAAGAAAUGGUCUAGAUUGCACAUAGACUUUGCGGGUCCAUUCCAAGGCAAAACCUUCCUCAUCAUUGUGGACUCCCACUCUAAGUGGCUGGAGGUAGCCGUGGUCAGUUCUAUGUCAUCCGCUGCUGUCAUUAGCACACUGAGACUUCUGUUCGCAACCCAUGGUUUGCCGGACGUCAUAGUCUCUGACAAUGGAGCCUCCUUUACUUCUGAAGCAUUCAAGGAGUUUGCCGGGCGCAAUGGCAUAAGGCAUGUGACCACAGCGCCCUACCACCCUCGUUCAAACGGCCAAGCCGAACGAAUGGUCCAGACAACCAAGGAGGCCUUGUCCAGAAUCACUGCUGGGGACUGGCAGACACGUAUAGCUAGGUUCCUACUGUCACAGCACACCACGCCUAAUUCUGCGACUGGGAAAAGUCCUGCCGAGAUGCUCAUGAAUAGGCGACUUACCACUGCUCUUGAUCGCCUUCAUCCAGAUUACGAAAAUGACAUGCAUCGCAAACAAGAGGUGAUUGCUGACAAGCAUAAAGGCAGUGUUAGGAGUUUUCAACCUAGAGAGACUGUCUACAUGAGGAGCUACACUGGGGCGCACAAAUGGGUCCCCGGUGUCAUUAUGGAUACCACCGGCCCUGUCUCAUACAGAGUACAAACACCAGAUGGGCAACUGCAUCGACGCCAUGUGGAUCAACUGCGUGGCAGAGUGCAGGCAGGCGCUGACCAGGGUUCUGAGGGUUCUGAGGAAUCACCGGACGACAGUACCCCAGAGCCUAUCGAACCAACCCCACCUGCCUCUCCACAACCACCCGAGAGCGCCGAGCCAAGUGGUUCACCUGUCCCUGUGGUGGUGCCUGACCCUGCCACCCCCCUACAGCGCCCAAUAAGGGAGCGCCACCCACCCCAGCGUUUUGGAGACUUUGUGGACUAGGGGAAAGGGGUGUUAUGUAUUGGGAUUGAUGUUCGGUGCAUGCGCACCAUCUCAGGCUGUUGCCAUAGUUACCUGUUAUAUACAAGUUAGCUGACUCUAACAAAGGAGCCAUGUAACGCCAUGCCGAUAACCUAAGUUGAGAUUCAUAAAGGUUCAUAAAAGCAAUCCCUCUG